AUGCUCGCUCCAGCCGGUCCAGGUGCCGAGGCCGAGCCUGAGCGGAUCCGCGCUGGCGAGCACGAGAAGGCGGUAGGCCUCGGCAAGCACGGCGAGCUGCCAGAGCCGACAGUCAAGGCGGCAGACGAGGAGAGCCUCAACUUCAACUCCAUCCUCAAGGGGAGCGCGGCGAGCCGCUUGACCCUUUUCGAAAAGAAGGCCGCACUCAUCAAUGCUGAGCUCGAUCGGUUCGGCUUCGGACGCUACCAGAUCUGUAUUUGGUUCCUGUGUGGCUUUGGAUAUUUUCUUGACUUGGCCUGGGCCCAGGGCGUUGGAUUGGUCGCCUCGGCAGUGUACCAGGAGAUGGGUGUGGUCGGCAAUACUGGUCUCAUCUUCACCAUGUCCAACGCUGGGCUUGCCAUCGGCGCUCUGUUCUGGGGUCUGCUGGCAGAUGUGAUCGGUCGAAAGUGGUCGUUCAAUUUGACGUGCUUGAUCACCUCCGUUUUCGGCAUGCUCAUCGCUGCGCCUCGAUACAACUACCCGGCGGUCUGCGGCAUCUACUUUUUGGCCAGUCUUGGUCUCGGGGGGAACAUCCCCAUCGACGCUACUAUCGCGCUCGAGUUCCUCCCGCAAAAUCGCCGCUUCCUUGUCUCCCUUUUGUCCAUCUGGCAACCCAUCGGGGUGGUGGUCGCUUCGGCAAUCGCCUUCGGUACCCAGGAACGGUAUCGAUGCGACGCAGGGCUUCCGUCUUGUGUCGUCGACCCGGCCAACCGCACACCGCCGGGAUCGGGAUGUUGCACGGUCGAAAGCAACAUGGGAUGGCGUUAUCUCGUCCUCAUCAUCGGCGCCAUGACGCUCUUCGUCUUCUUCCUCCGCUUCGUCGUCUUCAAGUUCCACGAGUCGCCCAAAUUCCUCCUCUCCAAGGGCCGCGAGCAGGAGGCAAUCGACGUCUUGCACAAGAUUGCCAAGUUCAACCGCGCUCCCCCUCCCACCCUUACCGUCCAGCACUUUGCAGAGCUCGAGCAGGCGGAGACAGGCUACUCGGACCGGUCAGCCAUCGUUGACGGUGGCCACCCCCCCGGAUUCUUCCCGUCGCUCAAAUACGUCACCAAGAACUCUAUUCAUUCCCUGGCGCACAUGAAGGGGCUGUUCACCAACAAACUCCAGCUCUUCAUCUUCAUCCUCCUCGCCAUCACGUAUAUGGGAGACUACUGGUCGUUCAACCUCGCGGGCGCCUAUCUCCCCCUCCUCCUCCUCAGCUUCAACGUCCAAACCGGCGGAACAGUCACCGAGACCUACCGGCAGUAUAUUUACAUCUACCUCCCAGGUAUCAUCGGCUCCAUUCUCGCCAUGUUCUCGGUCCAGCUUCCGCUGGUCGGGCGCAAGUGGAGUUUGGUGUUCUCGGCGGCCAUGCAGGGUUUGUCGAUGGCGUUGUACACGCAGGUGCGGACGACUAGGAGUUACGUCGGGCUCAACGCUUUGGAGUACAUUAUGCAGACAUACUUCAAUGCUGUCCUGUACGCCUCAGCUCCCGAGCUGUUCGACACCGCCUACCGUGGCUCUGCCUCCGGUAUGCUCUCAUGCCUCGGUCGUCUCGCCGGUAUCGUCGCUCCCUUUGCCGGUCAGGCGUUCUACGACCCCACAACCGGGCUGUCUACUGGCGGCAUCUUGUGGCUCGGUGCGGGCGGUAUCUGGCUCUCGGCACUGAUGAUGGUGUUCUUGCCGGUGGAGAUGAGGAACAGGCAGAUGUUCUAG